AUGGCUGCACCUGCACCAAAGGCGCAACCUCAACGGCCGCAAAUCCAACCAUGCCGAUAUAAGACCGGAAAGACUCUCGGAGCUGGCUCCUACUCGGUCGUCAAAGAAUGUGUUCAUAUCGAUACUGGGCGGUAUUUCGCCGCAAAGGUCAUUAAUAAACGAUUAAUGGCUGGUAGGGAACACAUGGUCCGAAAUGAGAUUGCGGUGCUCAAACGAGUUUCAAUGGGCCAUCAAAACAUACUAACUCUUGUCGAUUACUUCGAGACCAUGAACAACCUGUAUCUCGUCGUCGAACUCGCUCUCGGCGGCGAACUCUUCGACCGCAUAUGUCGCAAGGGAAGCUACUACGAAGCCGAUGCCGCAGACCUCGUCCGAGCUAUAUUGUCGGCCGUCGCAUACCUACACGAUCACGGCAUUGUGCAUCGAGACCUGAAACCGGAAAAUCUACUGUUUCGUACCCCCGAGGAUAAUGCAGACCUUCUAAUUGCGGAUUUUGGUUUGUCAAGGAUCAUGGACGAGGAGCAGUUUCAUGUUUUGACGACUACAUGUGGGACGCCGGGUUAUAUGGCGCCGGAGAUUUUUAAGAAGACUGGGCAUGGGAAGCCUGUAGAUAUAUGGGCCAUCGGCGUCAUAACUUACUUCCUUCUCUGCGGCUACACGCCAUUUGACCGUGAUUCCAACCUAGAGGAGAUGCAGGCCAUCCUCGUCGCGGACUACUCCUUUACGCCCCUCGAGCACUGGCGAAGCAUUUCGCAAAGUGCGCGUGACUUUAUCAAUCGCUGCCUAACCAUCGACCCCAAGGCACGAAUCACAGCCCAUGAAGCCCUUCAGCAUCCAUGGAUCAGUAAUGAUUCGUUCUCGAAACAACAAGGUGAAGAUCUCUUGCCUACUGUGAAGAAGAACUUUAAUGCGCGACGCACACUUCAUAAAGCGAUUGAUACUGUGCGCGCAAUUAAUAAGUUGCGCGAAGGUGGUGGGUUGAUGAUGGAUGGUGCGGCGAGUAUUGAGCCAAGACCCGAACGGGUGGUGGGUAAUGAUGUUCAUGAAGAGGAAAGGUACGCGCCGCAUGGGGAUGAGAACGCGAUGAAGAUUGAUAGUCGGGGCAAUGCUCGAGGUCAGACGGAGGAACAGAUUCGUGAGCAGGAACGGAAAGUGAAGGAAGUGGUGACUGGGCUGUGGGCGAAGGCGGCUGGGAACCGGCAGUGA